AUGAGAUGUUUUUUUAGGUCUCAAAUUAGGUUAUUUUCUCAUAUUCCUAUCCCAUUUGGGAAAUUUAUUAAUACUUUUGAUAUUUUUAGUAGAUUGUUGAAAGAAAGAAUAGUCUACCUUAAUGGACCGAUACAUGAUGGUGUUUCUGCUGUAAUUGUUGCUCAGUUACUUUUUUUAGAAGCAGAAAGCCCUGAAAAACCUAUAUCUCUUUAUAUUAAUUCUUCAGGAGGAAAUGUAACUGCUGGUCUUGCUCUUUAUGAUACUAUGCAAUAUAUUCAUUCCCCAGUUUGUACGCUAUGUAUUGGACAAGCAUCAUCAAUGGCAUCUCUUCUAUUAGCAGGAGGCACUCCUGGACAAAGAUAUGCAUUACCUCAUGCAAGUAUCAUGAUUCAUCAACCUAGUGGUGGUGUAUCCGGACAAGCUAGAAAAAUUAGCGAUAUAGCAAUUCAUGCGCGUGAGAUUUUGAAAGUUAGAGAACGUUUAAAUCUUAUUUAUCAAAAACAUUUAACUAAAACUAAAGGUUUGGCUGAUAUAGAAAAAUUAAUGGAAAGAGAUUAUUUUUUAACUCCACAAGAAGUAUGUGAUUUAAAAUUGAGUUUAAAUAUUAAAUUUCGCAAGGCACUUGAAUUAGGUAUUAUUGAUAAGAUUUUAGUAAAACGUGAUAAAGAAAUAAAGGAAAAAACAUGA